AAAAUACAACAUAAAGAGAGUCAACACUCGCUCAAAACCUUAUUCAGUGGUUUAAUGCGGCAGAUAUAUCGUUCGAGUUCUGUGCUCCGGUGUCUAUUUAUAAACAAAAUCCUCCGAUCAGCUGAUAGCAUAGCACUUUUCAUUGAAUUUUGUUCGAUGCUAUUACGAAACCGAGCCGGGAAAACUUCAUAAAAUUUUUUAAAUCGGGCUUAGGAGAGUAAACAUCAGCGAGCGUCCACGCGACAAUCUCGUGCGUCCAAUAAACUGCAAGGCCUACGAUCGGUCCAGCACGACCGGAAUAGCGUGGAAACGCAUAUUAGAAACCCGAUCCUCGAACACGAAUUAGCAUAAUACUGGAUAAAACAUGCCGAACCUGACGCUGGAGCAUUCGCCCAAUGCGGCAUUAAACAAAACAGUAUUAGCCGAAUACAUGUCACUGCCCAUUCCAGAUGGAAAAUGUCAAGCCACGUAUAUAUGGAUCGACGGCACUGGUGAACAUAUCCGAGGAAAAACGAGAACCCUCGAUUUCGUACCAACCAAAUCAGACGAACUCCCAGUAUGGAAUUACGACGGCAGCUCAACAUAUCAAGCAGAAGGUUCAAAUUCCGACACCUACCUCUACCCUGUCGCCAUCUACAAGGACCCGUUUACGCGCGGUAACAACGUUAUAGUGCUUUGCGACACCUACAAAUACAACAAAAAGCCAACGGAGACCAACAAAAGGUACACAUGCGCUCAGGUCAUGGAGGCCGCCAAAAAUGCUAAACCAUGGUUCGGCAUCGAGCAGGAAUACACUCUGUUAGAUAUGGAUCUGAGACCGCUAGGAUGGCCCAAGAACGGAUUUCCGGGACCACAAGGGCCUUACUAUUGCGGUGUGGGAGCGAAUAGGGUCUACGGACGUGAUAUCGUCGAAGCCCAUUAUAGGGCCUGUUUGUAUGCUGGUAUUGAAAUAUCCGGAAGUAAUGCGGAAGUAAUGCCUGCUCAGUGGGAAUACCAGGUCGGUCCAUGCGAAGGAAUCACGAUGGGCGACCAACUCUGGGUGUCGAGGUACAUUUUGCAUAGAAUCGCUGAAGAUUUCGGUGUAAUCGUGUCGUUCGAUCCGAAGCCGAUGGAAGGAGAUUGGAACGGCGCAGGCGCGCACAGCAACUUCUCAACUAAGGCGAUGAGAGAAGACGGAGGAAUCUUGGAAAUCGAAAAAGCCAUCGACAAACUGAGCCGCAACCAUCUCAGGCAUAUCCAGGCCUAUGACCCCAAGGGGGGAAAAGACAACGAACGCCGCCUUACGGGCCGACAUGAGACCUCGUCAAUUCACGACUUUAGUGCCGGUGUAGCCAAUCGGGGUGCCAGUAUCAGAAUUCCGCGUGGCUGUGCCGAAGAAAAGAAGGGCUAUUUGGAGGAUCGAAGACCUUCCUCCAACUGUGACCCCUAUGCGGUAACAGAAGCUUUGGUCCGAACUUGCGUACUCGACGAGUAAGAACCCAGAAUGAAUUUUGCAACGAUUUCCUCUAUAUAAAUAAUAUACACUCGAUGUUUUAUAUGUAUGUGUUUCAAAAAUAGCAAAUGUUUAUAAACGUUGAUCAUAUCAUCAUAAUGUUUUAAGUUAAAGUUUUCAUAGGGCACUAAGUAAGUAGAUAAUUGAAACCAAUAGGGUUUUAGUCGAAUUAUAAAUAUCGUUUGAUCACUAGAAACGCAACAAUGUCUUGCGCAUAACAAACGACUGUAUUAUAUUUUCAAUAGUUUUAUUUUUAUUAUUGUUAUAAAUAAUAUAUUACAUUAUUUGUUUAA